AUGGUAACCUUCCCGACCCAGAAGCUGCAGCCCUACACGCUGUACAUCACGGUCGCCGUCCCCGAAGAGCCACCCGAAACUAUGGCUCGCAGGUAUGACUAUGAGAUGGAUGGCGUUGUCGAGAUUCGUCAGAAGAGAGAAGAAGAGGGAACUGUGCGAACUGUCCUCGGUUCGGUUGACUUCGACUGGGGCAUCUACUGGCACCGCGAUCUUGGUGACGGAACAUGGUACACCUAUGAAUUCUGCGAGCGUGCCAUGUGGAAAGGACCGCCUGGUUUGUACAAGCGUUGGACCUACCGCCGUACUGACGUGAAGCAAUCUCCGCGUCUCCAUCACCAUGUCGUCGGGCUCGUUCAAGUCAUGCGCAUCCCCGACAUUGGCGAAAGGAUCACUGAUUUCCUCGACUGGCUGGCGCCUCUCGUCGGUGACAACACACGAAGGGAUGACUCAUUCGCAACAACCAUCUACCUCCAAACACGACUGUUUGUCGCUUCCGAGCGCAAGAACGUCGACAAAGCAGCCGAACACUACGAUGCCGCCGCCUUGGUAUAUGAGCUGGUGCAUGCUGCCUAUCCCGAGGUCUGGUACGCCUUCGCUGGACAUCUCCCACGUCCUAUCUAG